AUGUCGGAGGGGCCAGACAAAACGGGCGACCUGGCCAAAAAAGUUGAUGUCGAUGGGCCAAAGAAGCCAGCUAAGAAAAGCUGGUCCAAUCCCGCCUUGAGGGCAAUGGGUAUUCCCAAAAUAUCUCUUCCAUCACGGAACUGGAUGAUCUUUUGGGGUGUCUUGGCCGGUCUAGCAGGAGGAAUAGUCUAUGACAAGUAUGAGCAAAAGCAAAUUCGUAAAAAGUAUAUGAAGCAGGUUGAACAGUUGGGCGAGGAGAUUUAUGACACAAAUAGGAUCCCCAGAAGGCUCACGAUAUUCAUCGCACCUCCACCUAACGACUUCCUUGAUGAGUCGUUGAAGCACUUCAGAAGGUACAUCAAGCCUAUUCUCAAUGCUGCAGCCAUAGACUUCACUGUUUUCACGGAGACCAGACAGGGUGACAUUCGCUCAGAGGUUGCAGAGAAGAUAAGACAAUUGAGAAGAGAGCGCCUUGAGCAAGAAGCUAAAGAGGAAGAGAGAUUGAGACAGGAGGCUUACAACAAAUCAUGGACUAAAUUCUUCAAGGAGAGUGUUCCUAAUGCGGUGAAGAGUCUUCGUAAGAAGAAAGAAGAAGAGCCAGAAAGGCUUGUGGACCGUCACGACUUAUAUUCUCCCAAGGAUGUUUUAGGACUAUAUAAAGUGAUCAAGCCGAUUUCACCGGAAAGGGACGAUUCAAAAGAACUAGAUCUUUCAGGCGGUGUUCUUUGUAUAGGAAGAGGCACUUACAAGGAGUACUUGACUGGCGUCCAUGAGGGUCUCCUUGGACCACUCGAGGCACCACCUCCACCACCCCCAGAGCCCAAGCAACUUGAUGAGGUGAUUGAGGAUGGAGACAAGAGUGAAAAGACGGAGAAAAAGGAGGAAGAGAUUGACGACUUUGGGCAGAAGGAUGGCGUGGACAAAGACAAGUUACCUCCGGUGCCUAAACCGUACAUUGCUCCUGUUGACUACGCAAAGGCGCCAUUGGCUCCAGAGUUGAACAUGAAGGGCAUUGUUCUCAAUGAUAGCAAUGUUCCAGUGCUAUUUGAGCAACCAUUAGCAGUGUUUAUUGUGCCGAAGCUUUCGGGAGUGACGAACAUACCGUGGAAGAUUUAUAGAUUUUACACCAGAAGAAACCUCGCGGAGAAGGUUUCGCAAGAGACUCUUCGUGUUGUGGAUGGUCAAAGCCGACCAUUCCAGUACAAGGACAAAUACUUGGGCGGCGAAGAGGAGAUGGACUGGCCCAAGAAGUGGAUAGAGAGAGGCAAGAAGAAGAAUAGCGAGUGGGUUCAGGAGCUAGAGGUGGACGAGAGGGUAAUCCAGCGGAUGAAAGUGUUCGACAAGAAAGACGAGUAA